AAAAAAUUUUAAUAAUUUCCCGAAAUAAUUAUCAAGAAUAUUGCACUAUGAUUAAUCCACUAAUUUAGAUUUUUUCCAUCUACUAACAUACAAAAUCGCGUGUUAUUUGUAUCUAGUCAUCAGUAUAAUAAUUGCAGAACUAUGUAACCAAGUUUCUAUUCACUUCGGAAAAUAAAAUAUUAAAAUGCCAGGACUUGCAUUGAUUUCUAUUUUUUUCAUCACGCUUUUGACUAUUUAUUCUGUGAAUUCCCAAGAUUGUGGUACUAAUGAAAGAUUUUAUCCUUGUGGACCGUGUGAAACUAAAUGCAGUGACAUACAGCCCAUAUCUUGUCCAGCAGAUUAUUGUCACACAGCAAGAUGUGGUUGUAAUGUUGGAUAUAUAAGAGAUGACAAGAUCGGACAGUGUGUUGACCCAGGAACAUGUUCAUAAAAAAAAAUCAUUUUCUAUGAGUAAAUAAAAAU